CACAUCAUUGACGCUCGCUGCUGGUCAGCAUAGAUCACAUGAAUCUGCUCUUCUCUUAAAAACUGAUGUAACGUUACUGCUACUAAUACCAAGAAAUCUUGUGGACGACUUUUCCGCAGGCUGUAAAGAAAGGAUCUUCCUUUUGGGACGAAGCUAAAGAAAGCAGAGUAAGGUGACAGAUUUUGUGUGGAACCCUUGGCAGGAUGGACGAUCAUUCAAACCACUUUAACAUGAAACAUGGGGAUCCAACCAUGUUACCUUCAGCCACAGAAGAUCACAGCGGCCAUGUGACACCCGAAUCGGGCGAUGGAGGCCACCACAUGAUGAUGAUGCAAAUGACCUUUUACUUCGGCAUCAAAAAUGUUGAGCUACUAUUUGCUGGACUUGUUAUCAACACACCAGGAGAGAUGGUAGGAGCCUGCAUUGGUGUUUUCCUGCUGGCUGUGUUAUACGAGGGCCUUAAGAUCGGUCGUGAGAUCCUCUUGAGAAGAAAUCAGGUGAACGUGCGUUACAACUCAAUGCCUGUCCCUGGAGCUGAUGGCACCGUACUCAUGGAGACACACAAAACAGUUGGCCAGCGAAUGCUAAGUCUUGCACACAUAAUCCAGACGCUUCUGCACAUCGUCCAAGUCGUAGUCAGCUACUUCCUCAUGUUGGUGUUCAUGACCUACAACGGUUACCUGUGCAUCGCCGUGGCACUGGGCGCAGGUUUUGGCUACUUUCUGUUCAGCUGGAGGAAGGCGAUCGUGGUGGAUAUUACAGAACACUGUCAUUAACAACUUCACAGCCGUAUGAAACCAUGAAAACGUACUGUACAAUUCAAACCUACGACACAGCAGUCAUCCACUUCAUUUAAAUCUCUCAGCUCUAGUUUGAUCCAUAAAAUGACCAAUAUUUGAUUACCAUCUCGGUCACUUUGACUCCAACUUCACCUGCAAUUGCGUAUCUUUGUCAUCUGUAAUUUUAAGGUAUGUGUACACAGCCUAAGUCUACCUCUACGGUCAUAGUACACUAACUGAAUGAAAGGUUUACUCGGGAUCACCAUGUUUAGUUUAUCUGCUAUUCACAAAAUCGUGAAGGUGCUUUUGGGCCUUACUAAAGCCUUUGCCUUAAAUGAAGGAACGCACGCACCCAAAAGGCGAUCGUAGAAUCUAAAAGCCAAAAUCA